CGCUGGUCGCCAUGGCUAAGCCACGGUGUGCUGAUGUCCAUAACGAUGAUACCUUGCUUACUCGUUACAGCUCCAGCAAACGAAGCGAUCGAAUCCAUCGGCAUCAUAAGAUUCAAUGGAACUCUGGGCACCCCUUCUAUAUAUCGUGGCAGCCCAUCUCCAGAAAUCGAUGCCACUUGGGAUAGGGUAGCUUUGAAUGCACGUCAAAUCCGUAUGACCCGUGAGCAACUGCUCAGAACAGGGGAGAAACCUUCUCCGGCCAUGGUCAGGUAUCCGGAGGAAUACGGCGGAGGUUACAUGGCAACUGUAGAAGUCAUUCACCAGCUUCAUUGCUUAGACAUGCUUCGCAGAGCCAGCUGGGGCAAUCAAUCCGCGGGUCAUGGCGCUCACGAAUCCCCCCAAUCCCCCAAAGAGUUCCGCGUUCAUCUCGAUCACUGCAUCGAAAUGCUGAGGCAAAUCAUCACGUGUCGUGGCGACGUGACAAUGCUCACUUACGACUGGGUCAAGGGUGUCGAAAAUCCUCUUCCUAACUUCAACGUUCCUCACCAAUGCAGAAACUUGGACAAGGUCUUGGAUUGGGUUGAUGAGCAUCGUGUUUUUAUCCCUAAAUCCAAAGUGGUCCGCUUGAAGGAUAACGUGGACCUGCCUUCCCCUCCUUGAUUGUAGUCUCGAUAUAUUCCCACAGUGACGGCUCUCGCGUAGAUCACGAUAUGAUGACGCCAUUUAUGAUUAUCCUCGAACAUGUUGAAAAGUCGAAUUGAUUGAUCAUUGAGCUGCACCAUGAGCUCGGGAACGACCAAGAAGCCAGCGCAGUAUCGAGCAAAUAUUUUGAAUAUAGCUGGAUGUAUCUCGUUCGUGAGGAUCAUACAUCGAGUACCCUUCCAACAUGGGUCCACCCGUGAAGUACAGAAACGCAGAAACUAUUUGCUUGACCCACUCGCUAUAGCCGAUGUCCGGAGACAGUCCAGAAAAGGAGUGUGAGUACUACGACGCAAGUGGAGACAAGAGUCGUAACCCAGAUGGCACGUUCCAAUAAUAAUCUCUUCACAUAAGGCUCGCGGAUAGCGAGCGUACGAAACGGUGUCGACUCUGGACGUCCGAGGAAAACGAGGAUGGAAUCGAG